UUCGGAUUGACGUCUUCGGGUCAAUUUCAGGUCACUGACUCACGGGUCGAGUCAUUUGGGUCGGAUCAAUCGGGUCGGGACAGGAUUGACAGGUCGAGUCAUAUGGGUCAAAUCAUUCGGGUCGGGACAGAAUUGACAGGUCGAGUCUAGGUUGCUAAGUUGUUAACCCAAAUAUCUAAUGGAGCUGAAAACGGUUAGGAAGUGGGCCAAGUGGAGAUGGUCCAGCCUUGAGCCCUUAACCACAGAAAAACAAAUUUAACUUUGUCACAUAAAAAAAAUCAUUAAACAGAGUUAAUCUCUUUCCACCAGAAAAUUACCCACAUAAAAAUGGCUCAUUCACUUCCUUUCUCCCAUGUUUCACCGACAACAACUCUCUGCACAAAAUACUCUUUAAAUAAUCAUCUAACCCAAAUCAUCAACACAACCCAUCUUAAAAUAAAACCCAGAAAUCUCCAUUUCAGGAGAGAGAAAAUACCCCCAAUCAUCCUUAACAGCGCAGAGAAAUCAAAACCCUUAAAUUUUCAUUGGGGUAUUUUCACAAACAUGUGGUGGGCAAAACUCAAAGGAGCAAUAGGCCAACGAUUCAACCUCGAGGGCAUAAUUUCUUCCUCAAAAGUCCUAACAAACGACCCCCAUUUACUCCUCCCACAUCUCAGAAUCUCGAACAUUGGGUACAUCAACUGGGAAGAACUCCAUCGAAGAGGGUUCAAAGCCGUAGUUUUCGACAAAGAUAACACGAUUACAUUACCUUAUUCAUUAAACCUUUGGGACCCACUUAAGGGUUCAAUGGAGAGCUGCAAAGCCGUGUUCGGCGAAGGGAAAGUCGCCAUAUUGAGUAACUCGGUUGGAUUGUACGAGUUUGAUCCGGAUUAUUCGGGGGCGGAGGCGGUGGAGAGAGAAUUGGGGAUCGCAGUGGUGCGGCAUAAGGUGAAGAAACCGGGUGGCGGUUCCGAGGAGAUUGAAAGACUAUUUGGGUGCAAAUCAGUUGAGGUUGUUAUGGUUGGUGAUCGCCGGUUCACCGAUAUUGUUUUUGGAAACCGGAACGGGUUUUUUACGGUUUUGACUGAACCAUUGACGGGAGAUGGUGAGAAUUUUGUGGUUAAGAUGGUUCGGAAGAUGGAAGAGUUAGUGGUUAGUAAUUGGUUUAGGAGAGCUUUAAAGGCUAAGAGUCAUUGUUUUUUAGCUAAUGAUGAAGUGGAUUUGGUUCGUUUGGAUGAACCAUUGUAGUUUUUGAUGGUUGGUAGAAUUUAGACUUUGAUUAUAAUUGUUUUGUUUUUUGCAAAGUGUUUUAGCAUUGAUGUGUUGUCAAGUUUUUUAAGUUGUGGGUGUUUAAUGUACCUAGUUUGUCUUUGAUUAAUGUGAGAUUUUUUGAGUGGAAUUUUCGUAUGAACAUGAUGAUGAUGUUUAUGCCA